UAAAAUAUGACUCUGAGUUCAGAGUCUGUUUGAAGUAUUUGUGGCUUUCAGGUGUCGAUAACAACAGUCACCUUUUAAAAAUGCAGCAGGUUUAACCUGCCAGGUGAAAUCAGAAGGCUCCGCCUCCUCCUGCAUCUCCAGCUCUGAUGGAAACGUUUGGAGAGAUCAGAAUCUGUGAGCCAUCAUGGAGACAGGAGGUGUUCUGCUGCUGCUGCUGGCAGGAAGUUCAGCUCUCAGCUUUUAUGGAGGCAGCAUCAGUUUCCUGCCUCUGCAGAGGAGAACACAAGACACAGUCCAGGUGUCGUUCUACCACAGACAGAACGGCAGGAACAGCUGUCAGAACCAGAACCAGUCUACCUUUACCUGUGAAGAGGGGGCGUGUCCCAUCAUGGAGCGGUCCGAUGCUCUGCAGACGGACCAGGACCAGUCGGGUCAGGGCCGGUGGUGCCAAACGGAAGAAUUCACAACGACCACAGUUCAGAGCAACAGAACCAGACUAACCCUGAGGGACUCGGGCUGCUGCUGGGUCUCUAACGCUGAGGGAGAAACCAGCUGGAUGAGUCUGGCACAGCUGGACCUGGGAUUUCGUUCCGACUCCCACAACUUCAACACCUGUCCCACAACCACAGCUGUGUCGUCUCUACGGAUUCCUCAGAACUGUGUCAGCAGAGUUCGUCUCCUGGCGUACGAUCCGGACGGAGACGCAGUGAGAUGCCGCUUCGCUCCAGACGCUACGGUUCCUUCAAACUUCACCCUGGAUGAGGCAGCGUGCACGCUGACCAGCGCAGGAGGAGUCCACACAGGUGUGCACGUGUUGCAGCUGAUGCUGGAGGACUUUCCCACCACAAACAUCACUCUGACCUACGCUGAUGGAACCAGUGUGACCCGGGGGGCCAGGGUCCUGAGCUCCCCUCCUCUCUGUCAGGUCAAAGUGCAGUUCUCUGUGGACG